AUGGCGACCGUGGUGAGCGCGCCCGCGUGGAAAGCCUGGCCGGUAGCGGCGAGCGUGGCUGCAUGGCGAGCGAGCGUGCGGAACGUGCCGGCGUGGAGGCGUGGAGAGCGCAGAGGGUAUGUCCAGCGCGUUGGAUGGGGCGGGCGUGGCCGGCACCGUGACCGUGCCGAGCCCGGUGGCGUGGGCGUGCCGCGCCGGUGGCUCGCGCAGUGCAACCAAGUGGAGGGCGUGGGCGACGCGCGCCGGUGGAGCGGCGCGGAGGCGGGGUGGACGGCCCCUGCCGCACGGGCCAGGGCGUGGGAGGCCGGCGCCGUCGGCCUGCCGAGCCCUGGCGGGCGCGUCGACGAGAGCCAGCCGGAAAGGGAGAGGAGGCGGGGGUGGCCGGGACGCCGGUGCGCCAGGCGCGCCGAUCGGGGACUGCCGAGCCCGCUUGCGCGCGGGCCAGGGCGUGGCGGGGGUGGCCGGGACCAGGGUGGCGGGGAGGGCGCGCCGACCGGGUUGGAGCCUGGUGGCCGGGACAACCGCAUGGCAGGCGCGCCGAGUGGGCCCUGCCGAGCCCGCCAACGCGCGGGCCGGGGCGUGGCCGGGGUGCCGGCGUGGCGGCCGGGACCGGGGUGGCGGGGAAGGCGCGGCGGGGGAGCGGGGACCGCGCGGCGGGGAGGGCGCAGCGGGGCGCGGUGCCACCCGAUCCGGCCCACGGCAAAGGGUGGAACCUUUGCCAUGUGCCCCGAUCCGGCACACGGCAAAGGGCCGGAGCGGGCCCGGUAG